UAAUCCAAACGAUAAGUGUACCGAAUUUCGAUUAUAAAGUUCGAUAUAAAUUUAUCUCAAAUAUCGAUUUCCUGUGCUGUUAGUCGGUAUUCUGUGUGGUUUGGUACAAUUGUUUUGUACGUAAGAUAUAUUGACUGAAAGGAACGUGAAAAAUGGCCAGUGAGGUGGAAGAGACUAUGAAGAGGAUACAAUCCCAUAAGGGAGUGUUGGGCACAAUUGUUGUAAAUUCAGAAGGUAUCCCAAUUAAAACAACAAUGGACAACACUACUACUGUUCAGUAUGCUGGACUAAUAAGUCAGCUGUCGGACAAAGCAAGAAGUGUAGUUCGAGAUUUAGACCCCACCAAUGACCUCACAUUUCUUCGCAUUCGCUCCAGAAAGCAUGAAAUAAUGGUUGCUCCUGAUAAGGAAUUCAUUUUGAUUGUCAUUCAGAAUCCAACAGAGUGAAUUAUGUUUCAGGAAAGUGGACUACGUGGUGUGAAUAUCUUGGAAACAUUAUGUUUAAAAUCAUAAAAUUACCUUGCAUCCAGGAAAUAGGAUCUUAAAUCUUUCUGUGUGUAGUUUCAGAAAGUAAGCUUCUUAUAUCAAUUAUUUAUUUUAAUCCGUCACAAUAUAAUUUUAUUUAAAAUUUCUUAUAAUUAAGAUAAUAAAAUAUCAUUCAUGUUCCUUAUCGAUUGAUCGAUUUACAUUUCGGAACAUUUAC